UGAGAAAUUUUCGUAAAAUGGAACUACUCUUUUGCCCAGACGGCGUCACCGCCGUACAAGAGCGGUGUAAGUCGCUUCGCGACAAAUUCCGUCGCUGUUACAAUGACGCCAUGUCCCAGAAGAGCGGAGCGGGAGUCGAGGAAGAGAGCGAAUGUUCGUGGCCCUUCUUCGAGCUCCUGAUGUUUCUCCGCGACACAAUGGAAACGAGAGCCACAUCAGGGAACUUCCAAAUGCUGAGCCAGCAGGAGCCUGUCGCAGCAAGCCAUAACAACCUGGAGGAAAGGCCCACUGCUGCAGAGCUCUUCGACGACAUGUGCCACUUUUGCAAUGAGGAGUACGUGCACGUGUACGAGUUGGAGGGGCAGGAGGAGGAGGAGGCUGUGGUGGUGACAGAGGUGUCGGUGCCGCCAGCGGCAACGCCUGCACCUCGUGCACAGGCGUCUUCAGUGACGUCGUCCGGCACGCCUGCGAGCAGGAAAAGAAAGGCAAGUGCAGACGAUUUGUUGGCGCAGCAGCUUCAGCGUGUCACCAGUGCUCUCGAAGCAAAGCCGACAGAUCACAUCGAGCUGUUUGCAAUGUCACUUGUUCCACUUAUGAAACGAGUGAGAACGGAACGACAAACGGACAUGUAUAUAAAGAUUUUGAAUGUCAUAAAGGAAUUAACUGAUUAAUUUUUU